AUGUACCGGCGCAUGAGCAGCAGCUUCCUGCAGCGCGACAAGGAGCUGCUCUCCGCGUUCCUGCAGCGCGCGGCGCACUGGGACUCGCUGGCGCCGCGCACGCCCAUGCACGCGCGCUUCCUGGCCACGGUGGAGGGGCUGCACGCGGGCGAGCGCGGCGAGCUGGCGCGCAUGCGCGGCAUCGUCAUGGCGCAGCGCGAUGCUGUGGACGUCGCUGACGUGCUCCGCCUCAACACCGGCGCCCUGCAGGUGCUAGCGGGGGUGCUGUCAGACACGCCCGUGCAUGCGAGCACCCCACGUGACGACCUCAUGGCCAUCUGCCUCUCGCACGGCCCCUGGGUGCCGCCCACGCCCGCCACGCCCGCCACUCCCGGCAGCACGCGCUCGCGUCGCUCGCGCAGCAGGGGGUUCUCGCGUGGGGUGGGCGAGGCGUGGGACGAGGGCGCGGCGCGGCGCGCGGACGCCGUGGACGGCGGGGCCGUGGGCAGUGGCAGCGCGCGCAUGGAGGGCGAGGGCGCGCGCGACAGGGGGGCAAGAAAGGGCAGAGCAGACAGAGAAGGGGAGUCGGGAGAAGGGGAGUACGGGGUGGGCGGGGGUGAGGAGGAAGGAGGUGGGGUGGGCCGUGGCGAAGGGGGAGGGAGCAGCAGGGGCAGCAGCAAGGAGGCGUUUGCGUAUGGGGGCACGUGGGGUGGCAGCCGCAGCAAGGGCGCGGGCAAGAAGGGGACGCUGAGUCGCAAGCACAGGGCGGAGCUGGAGAAGCUGAGGCAGGAGGUGCGCAUGAUUGAGGAGAAGGCCAAGCUCAAGAAACUCAUGCUCGAAGGCACUCCCCCCGAUCACCCCUCCGCCUCCACUGCCGCCGCUGCCACUGCUCCUCAUGCUGCUGCUGCUGCUGCUGCUGCUGCUGGUGGUGGUGGUGGUGCUGCUGCUGCUACUGCUGCUGCUGGUGCCUCAGUUGCCAGUGAUGCUGGUGGCAGUGCGGUUGGGGUUGACGCACGGGACAGGGAUAGCAGUGGCAGGAGUUUGCGCAGGAGUGCGAGUAGAGGAUCCAGGUCUUUCUCUCACAGGGACCACCACACUGCUCUCGCUGCUGCCAAUGCUGCUGCUGCUGCUCCACCUCCCAGUGCUGCCAGUGCGGCUCCACCUCCCUCUGCCUCCCCUGAACCUGCAUCCGAACCAUCUACAGCCUCUCCUGAUGCCCAUUCCACCCUAGCACAUGAGCAGCAUGGCGCUGACAUCACCUCCUCCCCUGAAUCCGCCGCCACAGCUACACCGUCACCUCUGCUGGGGUCAUCCCCCUCUGACGCGCCCAGCUUCCGAUCCAUGCUGUCCCCUGCUGCCCUGCCCGCCCCCCUGCACGCCCACACCCACGACAGCCUUCACGACAGCCGGCAAAGUGGCGCUGCUGAUGCCGUUGCGCUCUGCCCUACUGCCCCUGCUGCCGGCAGUGAGGGAAUGCCUGAUGCAUCUGCUGCACCCUCCACCACCGCCACUGCUCCAGCACCUUCAGUCUACGCUGCUCUCACUCUGCCUGACUCCGCGGCCACUGCCACUACCACCACCACCACCACCACCACCACCACCAGCAGCAGCAGCAGCAGCAGCAGCAGCAGCAGCAGCAGCAGCAGCGGCGCGCUCACAGCAGGCGCCGGCAGCGGGCAGGAGUGGAGUGGAGCGGGAGGCGGCGGCAGUAGGGGAGUGCGCGCGUGGCACAGGCAGCCCAUGACGCCCAACCUGGGCGCGUCCUCACGGCGCCUGCGCCCGCUGGCGUUCCUGCGCGGGGACGAUGGCGAGCAGGGCUGGGCGGGCGAGGACGUGCACGUGCGCAGCCCGGGGUCCCAGGGCGCCAUGGGGCUCGCCGCUCUGCCCCAGGAUGAGGGCGAGCGGCAGGGUAGUAGGGGCCGCGGGGCGUCACGAAUGCGCGAGAGGGGGCGCAGGGAGCGCGUGGUGCUGGGGGGCGGGGAGAUGGAUGGGGAGGGCGGCGUGGGGGAGGGCGCCGAGUGGGACGCGGAGGAGGGAGGUGAGGAUGGUGGAGAUAGGAGUGCGGGGAGUGAAGGGGGUGUGAGGAGAGUAGAGGAGCAGUAUGGGAGGGGUGUGUUGGUGAACGGAGGUGGUAUUGCAGAGGAAGAUGAGGAGGGGGAGGAGGAAGAGGGGGGGAAGGAGGAAGAGGGGGGAGAGGAGGAGGGGGAGGAGGGGGUGGAGGAGGGAGGAGGCGGGAUGGAGGAAGGAGGGGUUGAGGAGGAGGAUGAACAGGAGCAAGAAGUAUAUGAAGAAUUGGAGGAAGGGGGAGAGGAAGUAGAGCAAGGUGAGGGAUUUGACGAGGAAGAGGUGGUGGGGGAGGAAGCGGAGGAAGAAGAGGGAGUGGGAGCGGAAGAAGGGGUAGAAGAGGGAGUGGAGGAAGAGGGGGCAGAUAAAAAAGUGGAGGAAGGAGAGGAGGGCGAUGAGGGGACGCUAGCAGCGGAGAUGGAUGAUGCUGCCGCACGGUUCUUUGACUCACGCGGCGACGCAGGGGUGUGGCAGGGCAUAGGAGCGACGGCCGCACCGGCAGCCGGGGAGCUAGCGAGGCGAUGGAAGAAGGGCAAAGAGCGGGCGUCCCAGCAAGCGCGCAGGCGCGGGGGAGGUGGGGGGGCGGACGAGGAGCAGCAGAGGGAGGCGGAGGAUGCGGAGGCACUGCUGUCGGCGGCGGCGGCAUCAGGAGCGGGCAGGAGGAAGGGGCUGGGGCGAGGCCACAUGGACCCCGAGCCCAGUGCCACGCUGCUGCUGCGCCGCUUCAAGGCCAGAGAAGGCCUUCCCGGUGGUGCAGAGGGCGCUGCCAGUGGCACGCCCACGUACGCUGCAGCAACCCCUGACAGCUCCCAUGAUGACCUCACAGACGGCUCCCACUCCCACGCACAUGCACCGCAGCCAUCAGCAUCAGCAGCAGCAGGAUCAGCAGCGCAGGCGUCGUCGCACGCGGUGCACCACGCGGCGUCGCCGUCCUUCUCAUCACUCACGGUGGCCAUCCCCCGAGCGCCGCUGGGGUCGUCUGACCUGGCCCAGCACUCCCUGUCCCACGCCAGCCCUGCCUCUCAUGCCAGCCCGUACGCGCGCAGCCCGUACCACGCCAGCCCCUCGUCCCAGGGCAGCCCCAGCCACUCCAGCGCCUCCUCCUCCCAGGCCAGCCCCCCUCAAGGCAAGACCCACCGCCACCACCACAACCACCACCACCACCCUCCGCAACCCCCACAGCAGCAGCAGGGUCAGCACAGUAGUUCCCUGCACGGCCCGUCUCGGCUCUCCCCCACAGGGUACUCCGCGGGCAGUGCAGCAGGGCAGGGGGGAGCGCGGCAAGGGGGCGGUGGGCCAGCAGAUGGCGCGGACGAGAUGGAUGAGGUGAGCCGCCUGGAGCACGAGGCGCUGCUGCGCUUCUCAUCCGGUGCACGGCAGCUGGAGGUGCAGGCGGACAGGGAGAGGCACGCCGUCGACGUCGCAGAGGCCCGCGUCGCCUCCGCUCUCGAGCGCCUUGAGGCCGCCCGCCGCGCCGUGGCUGAGGAGAAGGCCCGGCGCGCGGCGGCAGUGGCUCGGUGGAAGGGGGCGAUGAUGGCGGUGGAGGAUGGCAGCGAGCUGAUGGAGGAGGCGUGCGCCGUGGUCAGGCGCAAGGCCGACGAGUGCAGAGACGCGUGGCGGCGCCACGUGGAGUCCACACAGCGGCUGACCUCGGGGGGCAGCACGCCGGGGGGCACGACACGCAAGAAGAUGAACCGCAUGCGGCAGGAGGAGUUUGAGCGCGCGGCACGCACGCAUGAGGAGUUCCUGCGGCUGUGGGAGGAGCUGGAGGCGCUGUGCAAGCCCAGCCUGCAGGCUGCCGUGCAGCGCCUGGCCAGUGGGUCGCUGCAUGUGGAUGGGGACACGGGCGAGUUCAGCAUGCAGGCACCCACCAGCAAGGGCAGGAGUAGAGGCCGCGACAAGCUCAAAUAA